GAUGCUGAUUUAUAUAACGUUGAUUCUACUAAACUGUUAAGAUCAGAACAAUUGAAUGAAGUUAAUGUUAAAUUAAAUGAUAUUAAUGCUGUUUUAGAUCAAACUGAACAUGCUUUAACUUCAGAAUUAAUUGCCAUCUCAAAAGAUUUAGCUAAAUGGUGGGAGGUUAUUGCCAGGGAAAAAGAAGUUUAUAAAGCUUUAAAUCGUUGCGAUUAUGAUAACACCCGUCGUUCUUUAAUUGCUGAAGGUUGGAUUCCAACUGAUGAAAUUAAUACUUUAAGUUUAACCAUUAAACAAUCUCAUACUUCUCAAGCUAUUCCAACGAUUGUAAAUAUCUUGGAAACUACAAGAACUCCUCCUACUUUCCAUCGUACCAAUAAAUUCACCGAAGCUUUCCAAAAUAUUUGUGAUGCUUACGGUAUUGCUACUUAUCGUGAAGUUAAUCCUGGUUUACCAACCAUCAUUACUUUCCCAUUCAUGUUUGCUAUUAUGUUUGGUGAUUUAGGUCAUGGUUUCAUUUUAACUUUGGCUGCUUUGGCUUUGGUUUUAAAUGAAAAAAAAAUUAGUCAAUUAAAAAGAGAUGAAAUUUUUGAUAUGGCUUUCACCGGUCGUUACAUCUUAUUAUUAAUGGGUAUCUUCUCAAUGUAUACCGGGUUUUUAUAUAAUGAUUUGUUUUCUAAAUCAAUGAGUAUUUUUAAAUCAGGUUGGGAAUGGCCCGAAAGUUGGGAAAUUGGUGAAACUAUUAAAGGCUCUCAAGCUGGUGUUUAUCCAAUUGGUUUAGAUCCUGCUUGGCAUGGUACUGAAAAUGCUCUUUUAUUCACUAAUUCCUAUAAAAUGAAAUUGUCAGUUUUAAUGGGUCAUGCCCAUAUGAGUUAUUCUUAUUUGUUUUCAUUAGUCAAUCAUCUUUAUUUUAAAAGUGCUAUUGAUAUCAUUGGUAACUUUAUCCCUGGUUUAUUAUUCAUGCAAGGUAUUUUUGGUUAUUUGGCUCUCUGUAUUGUUUAUAAAUGGUCUGUUGAUUGGUUUGCUAUUCAAAAACAACCUCCUGGUUUAUUAAAUAUGUUAAUUUCAAUGUUUUUAUCUCCAGGUAAUGUGGAAGAACCUUUGUAUUCAGGUCAAGCUGGUAUCCAAGUUUUCUUAUUGAUUUUGGCUUUAAUUUGUGUUCCUUGCUUAUUAUUAAUUAAACCUCUUUAUUUUAAACGUAAGUUUGAUAGAGAAGCUAAAGAACAUCAAUAUCAACAAUUAGCAAAUGGUGAUGAUGAAUCUGAUUCUGCUGAAGAAAAUACUGAAGAUAAUCAACGUGAUGAUGAUGAAGAACACGAAGAACAUACUUUUGGUGAUAUCAUGAUUCAUCAAGUUAUUCAUACCAUUGAAUUUUGUUUAAAUUGUGUUUCCCAUACUGCAUCAUAUUUAAGAUUAUGGGCUUUAUCUUUGGCUCAUGCUCAAUUAUCAACUGUCUUAUGGUCAAUGACCAUUUCCCUUGCAUUUGGUAAAACUGGGUUCGUCGGUGUAUUCAUGACUGUCGUUCUCUUUGCUAUGUGGUUUACCUUAACUGUUGUUAUCUUGGUUCUUAUGGAAGGUACUUCCGCAAUGUUACAUUCAUUGAGAUUGCACUGGGUGGAAUCAAUGUCUAAGUUCUUUGAAGGUGAAGGUACCUUAUAUGAACCAUUCGGUUUCAAAAACUUACUUAACGAUGUCUUUUAGAUUAAAAAUAUCAUCUACAUAUUAUCAGUUGAUUCAUCACAACUUUUUCUUUCAUUUCAUUUGAAGUAAGUCACUUCUCAAAGCUCUUUUUAAAACAUCUAAAAACUGUUCAUUCUUACAUAUAGACUUCUCUGUUGCUAAGUAAACGC